AUGGUGUCUGUGAAAAGAUACGAAAGACAACCCAUCCCUAUAACCUUGUUAUCGGGUUUCUUGGGUUCAGGAAAAACUACCCUCCUCGAGAAGAUAUUAACAACUUCCCAUGGGUUGAAAAUUGCUGUCAUAAUUAAUGAUAUGUCUUCCUUGAAUAUCGAUGCUGCUCUCAUCCAAGACCACAAAGUGACCAAAAAGGAAGAAAAGCUAAUUCAACUUCAAAAUGGUUGCAUUUGCUGUACCUUGAGAGGAGAUUUAUUGGAUGAGUUGGUGAAGUUGGCCAAAUCAGGUGAAUUUCAAUAUAUUAUUAUCGAAUCAACUGGUAUAAGUGAACCCAUUCAAGUGGCGGAAACAUUCACAACAGAGUUUACUGAAAUGCUUCUAAGUUCAGAUUCUGGCGAGGAUGACCAAAAACUAUCAGUAGAAGAGCGGAAGGUUUUGGCAGAAAUUAUUGACUUGGGUGGAUUGAACAAGUUGACUAAAUUAGAUACAUGUGUUACAGUAAUUGAUUCUCACAGCUUCAUGUCCAAUUUUGAAACUACGGACUUCUUAAUUAAUAGGUUUGGUGACUCUGGUCAAAAUGAGCAGGAGCGUACAAUCACCGAUUUGAUGGUCGAUCAGAUAGAAUUUGCAGACGUGAUAAUUAUUAACAAGGUGUCUACCGUUUCUAAGAAGAAAAUGAAGAAAAUUGAUUCAUUAAUUCAUUCAUUGAAUCCUGUUGCUAAGAUAUUGAAAAGCAACUAUUGUAAUGUUGAUAUUUCGGAGGUUUUAAAUACGGGGCUAUAUGAUUUUGAAAAGGCUUCUACCUCAGCUGGAUGGUUACAGAGUAUAAAUGAGAUGACUCAGAGGAAAGGAUUUGGCAAGGAAGUAACUAAAGCAAAAAUGACUCCAAAGCCAGAGACUGAAGAGUUUGGAAUAAACAAUUUCGUUUACCAGUCUAGGAAGCCAUUCCACCCAGAGAAAUUGUAUAAAUUGAUUAGAGAUAAGUUUGUGAUUAUCGAACAGGCUCAAUUCCCUGAUGACGCUGCAAUUAGUGAACAUCAUGAUCAAAGUGAUAUUGACAAUGAGAUCGAAAGUGAAGACGUUGAAUACUCCGAAGAUGAACUACUGCUCUCAGAUUCAGAUUCUUUCACGCAGCCAUCCGAGAAGCAAAUCGUUAGAAACAAAAAGAAAUCAGCUUUUGCGCCUCUACUUCGAUCUAAGGGAUUCUUUUGGUUGGCAUCAAGGCACAUAAUUAGAGGUGAAUGGUCCUCAGCUGGGCCUAUGUUAACUUUGAAAGGAGGGAUUCCGUGGUUCGCGGUCACUGGCCCCGAUUUCUAUCCUCCAGAAGCAAAGAAAUUAAUCGAAGAGGAUAUGAAAGGUGAAUUUGGAGACAGAAGAAACGAAUUGGUGUUUAUUGGUUUGAACAUAGAUAAAGGAAGACUAACAAAAGAACUUGAUGAAUGUUUGCUUUCGGACUCAGAAUACAACGACUUCAAGAGAAUAGUUAAAGGAGAAAAGAACUUGUUUUACGUGGAGAAGAAACUUUCUCAAACAUAUAACGAUGGGUUUGAAAAUUGGCUCGUAUUUGAUGACAAAGAUAUAGAGGAAGUAGACGAAACUAUUGAAUCAGUAGCAGACGCACACGGUCACAAUUUGUGCCAAACUAAGGUGUCCACUUAA